AGAGGCCCAGCGCCCACCCUCAGCAACAUCAUCUGCACCAGCUUCUCUCUGGUGAAGGAAGGAAGGAAGGAAAGAAGGAAGGAAAAAGGAGAAGAGAAGGAAGUCUUUUCCCAACUGCAGCACCCAUCACUCCCAGUGAGGAAGACCAGGCGUUGGGAAACAUGGCCGCCAGCCUCAUCUCCAUCUCCGCCGUUGUGGUCCUUUGCCUCCUGACCUUUGACCCCGCCAACUCCUCGAACCCCGAGAUGGUGGCCAUUUCCAGCCUUCCGGAAGUCAGCAACACUUUCCCGGACCGGGAGGAUUGGGCCCCAGAGCUGCGAGGCGCAAGGCAGUGGCACCACCGCCAGCACCCAGGGGACUCUCCGCAUGGGAACAGUCGGCCCGCCGGGCUGCGGCAGAAGGAGGCCUUCCUCGGCUUCGGAGGAGAGAACCACGCGCCGGGAGUCGAGAGAGCAGGGAAAGCCCACCGGGAGCAGCGGAGGCACGGGCGCAGGGACAGGAUGGGGCACCACCGAGGGACUCCUAGCGCUCUCUUCCGGAGGCCGGCGGAGGUGGACGAUGAGCGACUGCAGGCACUUCCCCUGGAAGGGUCGUCCGGAGGGUCGGCCCCACCGUCAGUGCCCGGAUCUCCCCCGCAGGCCACUUCACCCCGCCCCAAAGCCCGGCCGCGCCCGGAAGGGGAGGUCCUGCCCACCCUGGACAUGGCCCUCUUCGACUGGACCGACUACGAGGACCUCCGGAGCGAGAUGUGGUCAUCUGGCGGGAAGAAAGGUAAAUGGCGCAGGAGACCAGGCGGCAACGAGACCGAAGGUGAGCCCUGCGACCAUCACCUGGACUGCCUCCCAGGCUGUUGCUGCGAUUUGCGUGAACAUCUCUGCAAACCCCACAAUCGGGGGCUAAACAACAAGUGUUAUGGUGACUGUAUGUGUACAGAAGGCUUGCGCUGCUUUGCCAAAUUCCACCGCAACCGGCGAGUGACACGUCGCAGAGGCCGCUGCCUGGAACCGGGCUCGGCCGACCCCGACCGGGGCUCCUUCAUGGCCACCUAGGCCUCGGCCACCCCUCCGUCCGUCCGCACAGAGGAACCAAACCACUUCAGUUCUGCUUCAGUUCUGCAUUGCGGACCCCUCGUCCCCGUCCCCCCUUUUAGGCCUGUUCCUAUUUGUAAAUAAAUAAAGAGAUAGCUAUCCUUCGCACACAC